UGUCAAAUAAUGACAAGCUAUUGCCAAAACUGUCAGAAAGUUUGUAAAUAAUUCGUACAUUUGAAUUAAAAUUUUGUUUUAUAUAUUUAGAUAAAAUUUAUUUUUGAACUUAUUAAAAAAUGGAACAUUUUACCGUAUAUGAUUUAUUAAAUGAAUUCGGUAUGCGAAUUGAUGGCCGCCGACCACUUGAAUUCCGACAAUUUCGCACGAAAUUAGGCGUAUUCGUAGAGCCUCAUGGCAGCGCGUACUUAGAGCAAGGCUGCACGAAAGUACUUGUGGCUGUUUAUGGCCCUAACAGAAAUUCGGAGAAAAAAGCAACUUCAUCUGUUGAUUUGGAUGUUGAAAUAAAUUGCAUAGUUAGUAUAGCAAGUUUUUGUAAAGCUAUCCGAAAAGUGUACAGUGCCGGAGAUUGUGAAACCAACGAAAUAGCACGUUAUGUACAACAAGCAAUGAUGGCCGUAAUAAUAAAUAAAAAAUACCUCAACUACACAUUCGACGUUGUCAUCGAAGUGUUACAAAUUGAUGGUGGACACAUUGCUACUGCUGUGAAUUGUGCAAUGUUAGCAUUUAUUGAUGCAGGAGUCGAUAUGAGAGAAUAUGUAACUGCGUGCUCCGCUGCAGUUACUCCGAGUGGAGAAAUAAUACGCGAUAUUGCACAUGUUGAAAUAACUGCAGGUGCAGCACCAGUAACAGUAGCAUUGCUUAGCAGUUCAAACAGAGUGUUAUUUGCCGAAAUGUCACAAAGAUUUCACGUGGAAAAUUUUGAAAGAGUAUUAGAAGAAGCGUUGGAUGGCUGUAGAGAAAUCCUUGCUAUGAUAGAUGUGCAAGUACGCAAGCACGUUGAAAACGUAAUGGCAAUAACUGAUGCUGAGGCUGAGCCUGAUAUGUAAUUUCGGUCAAAUUGCAGAGUAAAUAUGUAUUUAAAGUCUGGUAUAUAGAAAAGAAAUUUAUAUUUUUUAAAAACCAAAUAUAACAAGUUAUUACAUUAAUUUUUAACUACAUUACAAUUCGAUAAAUUUAA